UGUUUUCUUAUCUUGAUGGAGAAAAUAUGUCAAUCUUUGGUAUCUUAUCUUCUUUUUCUCAAUAGGUGUACAAAAGAAAAAGUGAUGUAUGAAAAGGAAGUUGUUUCGCAAGAGAAAAAAGUUGAAACAAUGAAAGCAGGAGGAGACGAUGAAUAUAAUAUCAAGAAACAGAUUGAAGUACUUGAGGAAUCUAAAAUGAUGAUCCCUGACUGUACAAGAAGAAUAAGGUCAGCCUUUACAGACUUGCAGAAUUUAAUUGACCAAGAGGAAGAAUUGAAGGAAGCAGAAGAAUAUCAGAUAGCUGCUGCCCUUUUAUUAGAACACAAGGAUGCUGUCGAACACUGAGUCGAUAUGUGUAUAUCAAGCCAACCAUUUGAUCAUGAAUGUAUCUUUGUGUGUGCGUGUGUGUUUGUCUUUAAUUUGUGCAGUUGAUUCACAAUGAACCCCUUGGCUUCCAGAGGGUCCAGUUUCAUAAAUUGAGUCAAAUCAAUACAAAUUGUUUUUAUUCAAUGAUAAAAUUGCAGCAUGCAGUAGCUUAUUGUACUCGCUUGUAAGCUCGUCAUUGAUGACAAGAAUUAUGAAAUAGGACCAGGGGCCCGUAACACAAAGCUUAGCAAUGAUCGUAGAAUAUUUGUUCGCUAAUCUGUGUUUUACGGGCCCCUGGUCAAUUUUUAGUUUGCUAGUCUUGACUGAAUAGCUGGAGUGAGACAUAGAGACUGUUUAAGAGCAUGACAACCUUUCAUAUGAACGAGAAAACAGACAAAUCACUUUAAGAAAGGCUAUCAUAUUAAUCCAGGUUCACACCUUUGCGUUUUUAAAGCUGUGUAUUGCUGCAUCAGCCUAAAUUGGAAUAUACAGCCUAAUGCAGCAUACUAUGCAGCAAAAUAUUCAUUUGCAAUCACAUUUUUGCCUCAUAUAAAGUUGCACACAGGACAGUGAGGUGAUGUGAGCUAUAAAAGCAAUGUAAUGUGAGGUAAAUUGAACACCAACGCUGCGUUAAUGCCUGCAUAAGCCGCUUGCUGUUGCUCAUUGUUGCUUGUCCUUGCUCGCAUUUACACGUCGCCACUCAUCUUUUUGUUGAGUUCUGUCAUGGAUGUUUGAAAAAAUUUCAAACUAUCAAGCUAAAGCGCAAGGCCUCUGCGUUAGUCUGCAUAUUGACCUUUCAUUAGCUUGUUUCAUUACGUUGUUUUGUGUUUGACUACAUUUAAGCAAUCCGCAGCUGAACGCAGCCCAAAACACAAGGUUUGAGCCAGUCUUAAGGGUCUUACAUGUGGAAUUGCCCAUGUCCAGGUGAAUCUGCUUAAUUUGAGUCUCGUUGAACGACAAAACUUUGUUGGAUAUAGAUAAAAUUUGACUUCAGUAGAUAUUGUUUGUAAUCGCAGUGCUUGCAUACCCUGUUGCGAAAAUUCACUUUGACGUUGAGAAUUAUUUGAUUAAUGGAAAGUCUAUCAACAAAUGAUGCAGUCACACCAGUGAAAUUGUCUCCAGACUGAUGAAAUCUAUGAAGGUAUUACCAAUUGUAUAAUAUUGGUUGAGUUGGAGUCUGUUUCAUUGGUGUGGCUGCAGCAUUCUGCAGACUCGGCCAUAAGUUGUUAAAAUGAGUUUUUUUUAUACAUAUCAUUAUCAAACGUUAUUAUGUGAUUAAUGUAUCUUUUUUUGUAGUAAGCAAUGUCUGGAUGUUAUAAAUGUCUAUUUGAUUAUUCUGUUUUGUGAAUAUGGAAGACAUUGCAAUUAUAAAUCUCUCUGUGAAUAAUUACCAGCAAGCUUGAAUCUUUUUAAUGUAAACAUAAAUGAUGAAUGAAAAUGAUGAUUCUCUAUGUCUAUAAUUGGUAUUGAAAAAUGAAAAUGUUUGGAAUAUUCUGAGAAGGAAGAUAAAAUUAACGAAUGAGUUUACACUUUUCACAUCCGAUUGCAUUUUGACUGUAAUUGAGAAUGUACACUCUUUCAUUAUACACAAUUGAUGGGAAAUAUUUACUGAUAAGCAGAAUAUGAUAGGUGCUUAAUCAGACUUAAGAAUGGAUUGUAAUUUUAUUAUUUAUUACACACAAAUCCCUGAAUUCUUGUUAUUUGAUGUGCAUUAUACAUAAUGAUAGCAAAGAAGUUAUACUAGUUCAAUUUUGCUCAUUUCAUGCAAAUAUACUUUUGCUGGGGUAGAGUUACCAUUUAAAAAAUGCAGAAAGGGGAAGCAAAGGAGUGGGGUUGAAUUUUAUUCAUAUCAUCUCUUUUUUAUGAGAUAUGUAUGUAAUCUAAGAUGUUCUUUCUCUAAUUCAAUGUAUCAUACCAUUGACCUAAAUUGUAAUCAGUUUGUAAAAAUACAGUAUAUACAUGUACAUGUAUGUUGAUGAAAAUAUGUAAUAAAACACAUUCCUGUGUCCAGUUUAUCAAAACUAAA